AUGGCGAAAAAAGUCAAAAAAAGCCGGAAAAACGGCGUUUUUGAGGGGAAAAAAGCGGAAAAGAGCAGCGGGAUAAGUGGAGAACAAAAGGCGGAGAGGGGAGAGAAAAAAGGGGAAAAAGAGGCGCAAAAAGAGACCUGGAGAGGAUUUUUGUCGGCCAUUAAGGCGAUAAUGUCGAAGGCGUGCUGCACUAUGCGAAUGGCCUGCAGCUUCUUGCCGGAGUUGCGGCCGUGCAUCAUGAGGGAGUUGACCAGGCGCUCGACCAGGGGGCACUGCGCCUUCCGGAAGCGCUUUUUCUGGUACCUGAGAGCCCCGAAAGGCAAAUUUUAA